ACUGUGCUUCACCACCAGAUUCUUGUUUCACGCUAUUUGCAUGCGGUGUUUACCAAGUAGUUCUCUACAGCAAAAUUAACAAAUUCAACUAUCUUUACCAAAUAUGGAAGACUUUGACAUUAACACAGAACUGAACAAAUCUACAGAAAUCGACACUCCUAAAUCUAGAGAGAAAGUCAACGAACAUCUCCGGAGUUAUCAGGAUACCAUCACCAGGAUUACAACAGUCAGAAUCUACACGGCUGAAUUUCUGGAGAGAUUGAGAUAUGUCCAUCUGAAACAUAUCGCUCCAAAUCCACAGACCGGUGAUAAUCACGGAGACGUUGUCCAACCUCCUCCGGCCACUAGAAAUGACCUGAUGACCUUAGAAUGGACAAGAUACCUUCCGUUUUUCCCAGCUCACUUGGAAAGAGCAUGCUACAUCAAAUUGAAGCCGAUUGCACCAAACCCACAGGAAGGCUUCAAACACAGUUCUAUUGUCCCUCAUUCUCCGGCCACUAGAGACGACAUGAUGACCCCCGCGUGGUCAAGAUAUCUUCCAGAAUUACCAAAAUCCAGAUCGUCUCACGGCUGGACCAGUUCCCCGACCCAGGAAGAGGAGGUCGAGCUGAGAAAGAAAAGUGACAUCCGAAACAAAAUAUGGCACAACCUCUUCUACAAGAAAGAUUACUCCAAAGCUGAAAAUGGUAUGUGUGGUUUUAUUUACCCUGUCUUUUAUCAAUAA